AUGGAGAACAGUCUCGUCUCGGAGAAGGAAGGCACGCCCCGCGCAUCAGCCAAACCUCGUAGGCACGGACUGGGUGGCGUCAAAGGUGUUAUUCUGGGUUACUGGAGAGACUCUCCCGUACCCGACCCAAACGGCAAGCACGCCGUUAUUGGAUUUAUCGACGUUCGUGACCGCCUUCGCACUCGUAUCCAGCAAAACACUCGCUUUGGCGAACCCGUAUCAAAUAUCGAGUACCCUCUCCCUCCUGGACCUGGCGGAAGUUGGGUUACUUUUGAGCGCGUUGUAUUCGCCGAUCACCUCGUCGGUAUGGACCACCACCAAGUAAAGGAGUACGUCAAGCUUCGAACCGACGCCGUUGAAGAAUCCGACCAGGCAAGAGAAGCUGCAGAGAAGCAGGCUGCGAAAGACGCUAUCCGGCGCGUUGAAGAAAACCCACCACCCGAGAACGUUCUUGCCCCUGCCAUCGCCUACGGCGCCGAAAUUCCCGACCACGCCACCAUGCCAGCUCGACCAGACUCGAAACGUCGCCGCACCGGCAGCGGUAUCGGCACAAUCAGUGGAGGGCCUGUUCAAAGCCAGCCGACUCGAGAGAUCAUCCCCUCCCCUCAGUUCGACCCCCUCCCUGGUACCAGGCCUACGCGCAUCAUCGUGGGCUACUGGAAGGGUUCCAGCGAACCGGACCCGCUGAACCGCCACGCCGUUUAUGGCAUUCUCGGUCAAAAUGACAUGUUCCGUGUCAAGGUUGCUCGCGAGACCCGCGAUAAGCGCUUCGUGGACGGCAACUUCCCUGUCGGAGCAGGUGCCCUAUGGAUCCACUGGGAAGAAGUCGAGCUUGAACCUCACCUCAAAAGCCUGUCUCGCGCUGAAGUCAAGGAGUACUGCCGUGUUCGUCAAUAUCAGAUUGACCAGGGCGAGUUACCUGAUGAUCGCCUCGCCAACGAAACACAGGCGGUGUACGAGGCCCAGCAACGGGUCGCCCAGGGCUUCAAGCCGGGCCUGGCGCAGAAUGUGCCGACCCCCAUAAUCCCGCAACCCGGAGAAGACAUCGGGUCACCAGAAACAAAGCCCGAAGUGAACCAGGAACUGCGCCAGAGCCGUAGGACCGGAACUGGUGGCAUGCGUCACGCGCUCCCUGACCUGGAGAUUAGGCAGUCAUCGCGCACACCGGUUGCUGCUCAGAACAAGAUCGAUGCUAGCGCUCGCCGCGAGAUCGCUCGGAUAGAGGCAGCGCAGAUGCGCACCGAACGUUUCGCCGCCGACCGCGAGGCUGCUGCCGCCGCCGCCGCCGCUCAGGCCAAUGCCAAUCCCGUUCUCGCACCUCCCCCGCUACCGCCUCAGGCCAUGCCCAAGAUGCCCAUUCCUAACGGUAAUGGUGCCCGCAUGAGCGGUCUCUUCCACGAACGCGACGAAAUGCAACGUCUGAACAAGGUUUGGGUUAGCCAGGAGGAACACCGCAGCAGAGCCGCUGGCGAGGAAACGAAGUUCUAUGGGGGCAUCAAGUACGAGCGCAAGCAAAACGGUCCUUUUGUCGGCAAGCUAGUCUCGCAGGGCACCAUCAUCAGCAUUGAUGGGGAAGAUUAUGUCGAAUACCGCGUCCUCACGAAGCCUAGUUUCUUCUAG